GCGGGGCCUUUGUCCAACCUGCGCUGCUCCAACAUGGCUCCGCGGCUGUGCAUCAUCUCUGCAGCAGCGCGGCGGCUGCUGGGGAACCCGGGACCCCGACUUGGGGACCCUGUGACUGCGGCUGCUGUGCGUUUCUAUUCCAAGGACAAUGAAGGCAGCUGGUUCCGUUCCCUCUUUGUCCACAAGGUAGAUCCCCGGAAGGAUGCGCACUCUACCCUGCUAUCCAAGAAGGAGACGAGUAACCUCUACAAAAUCCAAUUUCACAAUGUGAAGCCAGAAUGUCUGGAUGCCUACAACACUCUGACAGAGGCUGUGCUGCCCAAGCUGCACCUGGAUGAGGACUACCCCUGCUCACUUGUGGGCAACUGGAACACGUGGUAUGGGGAGCAGGACCAGGCAGUGCACUUGUGGCGGUUCUCAGGUGGCUAUCCAGCCCUCAUGGACUGCAUGAACAAGCUCAAAAACAACAAGGAGUACCUGGAGUUCCGGAAGGAGCGGAGCAAGAUGUUGCUGUCCAGGAGAAACCAGUUGCUUCUGGAGUUCAGCUUCUGGAAUGAACCACAGCCCAGAACUGGCCCCAACAUCUAUGAGCUGAGGACAUACAAGCUUAAGCCUGGAACCAUGAUCGAGUGGGGGAACAACUGGGCUCGGGCCAUCAAGUACCGGCAGGAGAACCAGGAGGCAGUAGGAGGCUUCUUUUCACAAAUAGGAGAGCUCUAUGUGGUGCACCACCUCUGGGCCUAUAAAGAUCUACAGUCUCGGGAGGAGACUCGAAAUGCAGCCUGGAGGAAGAGGGGUUGGGAUGAAAAUGUCUACUAUACAGCUUUGAAGCAUGCAGCAAAUUCUUUGAGCAAAAUUUUCCUUAAAGUGUUACCACUUUGCUAGAAGCCUGGAGAACCACCUGGAAUCAGGAGAAAUUGACUGCUUCAUUAUGAGUAGAACUCUGAUGGUGGGUAGGGAGGGGGCUCAUAAACAUUAGCCUGUCCCUGCCCUUGAUAAACUUACUGUUAAUCUUCUAACAGUCCAUUGGGUGUGGGUAACAGGGUGUCUACUGUAACAGGUGGCAUGAGCCUUGCUAUUCCAAGUUCAUUUCCAGCAGAUAGUACCAGUAUCCAGUUGACACUUAAUGGAAAUGCCCAGUCAACUUCCCCCAACCUCCUGUGAACUUAACUAGACCUGUUGGGAUUUGUGUCUACACCAGUCUGAAAAACUUUGAGCAGAAAGCAAGACUCUAACCCCAUAAUGACUCCCAGCCUUAUGAUUAUUUUUCUUAAAUCCUCCUAUAUUGUCCUCAACUUAGCUUUGUCCUUGUUUUUAUGAUAGUAGGUAGUUGGAGCCCAAGCCAGGUGUACACCACUGAACUGCUUCCCCAACCCCAUACUAUUUUUUUCCAUGUACGUAAGAAAACAA